AUGAUUGGUAAUUCUAAUCUUUCUCAAUUUGAAGAUGUUAACCAAUCAGCAUCCCAGUCGAAACAGGAUUCGAAGGAAAAUAUAACAUCCAACGCAAAACAAAACUAUAUCAAAUCUUCGUCACACCUUCAAAUCACCGACUUGAACAACAAAAACCCAUUAAUUAAAUUAUCCAAUAGUAAUGUCAGUACUGAUAACGAUUCCAUUAAUAACAUAUCAGUAAUAGACGGUAAUAUCUAUCAAACGAACUGGUCAAAAUUAGUGGGGACCGAAUUGGUUUUUGAUGACUAUGGUGAAUUAAUUGGAAGUGUAAGAGAACAUUUAAAAUGCGAUGAAAACAUAAAGAUUACGUCCAAGAAUGAAAAAGAAAAGAAAGAUACGGAUAUGGCUGAUGAUGACGGCGACGUCAAGGUUAAAGAUGAACAAACUUCUUUCUUGUUAAAAGCUAUUAAAGCUGCAAAGAAAAAAGAAACCGAAGUAGAAGUGUAA